GAGAAUCUCUCAAGUCACCCAAAAAAUUUAUUAUUUAUUUCGGAAUGUUAUGAUUUUGAAUAUUUAAUUUUUCAACGAGAAAAGCAAUAAAAUCCAUCUGAAAAUGUCACCAGUACCACAAAGUGAAAUGUUGGAUGAGCUGGCAGUGGAUGUUAUGGACCUGCAGUCACAAAUGGCAGAUGAAUCGAACAAAUCUAAGCACAAGCAAAUGAUUAAGAAAAUGAUUGACAAGAAUUUCACCAGUAAGAAGUACCAACCAAUUCCUGAGUUUGAGAAAGGUCUUGAUUGGUUCAACGUCACACAACCGUUAACCUGGAAGGAACAUCUUACCGGCUCGAUUGUUGUGGUUGAUUUUUGGACUUACUGUUGCAUCAACUGUCUCCAUAUCCUACCACAACUCCAUAAAAUUGAGAAAAAGUUUAAACCAUCUGAUGGACUGUUGAUCCUCGGUUGUCACAGUGCCAAGUUCACGAACGAAAAGUCAAGUGAGAAUGUCAAAGCAGCAAUACUCAGACAUGAUAUUUCACAUCCAGUUGUCAAUGAUUUAAACAAUGAAACGUGGAACAAACUUAACAUUCAAUGCUGGCCAACAUUAUUAUUCUUGUCACCAAGUGGAUGUCCAUUUUAUUUAGUCAUGGGUGAAGGAAGAAUUGAAGAAAUUGAGAUGGUCCUGAAUAUUGCACUUGAUUAUUAUCGAGAUGCUCAAGUUCUUGCACCAAGGAAUAUCCCAUUGAAGCCAGCAGCACUUCCAUCAAAUCCAUUUGAAUUGAAAUUUCCUUCAAAAAUUCAAUGCUCAAAUUAUGACAGCUCAGACACUUCUGAGCCACUUUAUGCUUUUUCUGAUUCUGGUAAUCAUCGUAUAAUAAUCUUUAAUACUAAUGGAAAUGUUGUUCAUCAGAUCGGUCAAUGUGGUGUAGCUGGAAGUGACGAUGGCAAUUUUACAGAAGCAAAAUUCAAUUGUCCGCAAGGUGUUGCAUGGCUUGACAAAAAGACAUUGUUUGUAGCUGAUACAGAAAAUCAUUUAAUUCGUAUGAUAAUCUUAGAACAAAGAAAGGUUCAAACAAUCAUUGGAAAUAAAAAUCAAGGAACAGAUUUUAAUGGUGGACAACUUCCAUUACAGCAAGCAAUUUCAAGUCCAUGGGAUCUCGUUGUCUACAAAACAAAGAACUUGGAUAUGUCUUUCCAUGAAGAUGAUACACAAGUUCCACAAAAAGUCGUUGUUAUCAUCGCAAUGGCUGGAUUGCAUCAGAUAUGGGGAUACUAUAUGGAGCAGACAAUUUGGUGGAGAUAUCAAGUCCAGAAUGCAAAUACAGCUGUAGCCAUUGCUGGUAAUGGAGAAGAACGGAACAGGAACAAUGACUAUCCAAAGCAUGCAUCCUUUGCUCAACCUUCAGGCUUAUGCUUGCUUCGUAAUUCGCACGAACUGUUCAUAGCUGAUAGCGAGUCUUCGUCAAUCAGAAAAAUGUCUUUGGAAUCAGGCAAAGUUUCUGCAGUUGUUGGUGCUUCAAAUAAUCCAAUGAACUUAUUUGCUUAUGGGGAUGUUGAUGGCCAGAAAUAUACAGCAAGAUUGCAACAUCCACUUGGUUUAGCUCAUCAUCCAUCCGAACAUUCAGUCUUUGUUGCUGAUACUUUUAAUAACAAGAUCAAAAAAGUCAAUGUUCAAGUUGAUAGCAUUCAAACAAUGAGAAUCGUUGAUGACGAGACAAAUGAGGUGUUCAAGUUCAAUGAGCCAGCAGAUUUGUGUAUGACACCAGAUGGAACAAACUUGUUGGUCCUCAAUACAAAUAGUCAUGAAAUCAUUAAAGUUAAUUUAUCAACACUACGCUCAACUCAGUUUCAUCUUAAAUGGCCAGCACAAAAAAUUCAUAAUGCACAAGGCUUACCACCAUCUAUCCCUAUUGUUGUCGUCCCUAAUGGACGAGUUUUUAAGAAAGGAUCUAACACAUUUAAUCUAUCUAUUGCUCUUAAUCUUCAUGAAGGUGUAAAACUGACUCCAGAUGCACCACAAAAGAUCCAACCAUUUUUAUUUCGUGGGUGGAGAUUGGAUAGUUUUGAAAGUCAGAAGCUUCUGUUCGAAGGUCGAUCAAAUGUAGCUGUCAAGAUUCCACCAGGAACAACAGAUGGCGAUGUCACUUUACAUUUUAUUCUAUUACUUUGUGAUGAAAAAGACUCUUCAUGCUUUAGGAAGGAAUUUGGAGUAAAAAUUGCUUUAAAGUUUGUCUCAUCUUCGGAUCCAAUUAGUCCAGAACCUGUCUUUAUUGGUGUCACAAAAAGUGAAAUUCUCAUUCGUUAAAAAACUUUCUUCUGCAUUAAUACUGUUUUUUAUCACCAAUUAAUAAAAUUUUAUGAACUUUAAAUUAACGGUUUUUAAAAAUUUGAAAGUUUCUCAACCAAAAUGUUUGUAGACUUAGCUGUGGGUAGGGAUUUCAAUACGGACCAAAAUUUCAAUCCCGGGAUUAUGGUAUUGGAAAUUGUUGAUCCCGAGAUCCCGAGUUUAGAUUUGGUUCAGAAGCUGGUAUAAGAUUGCGUUUAACACGUUCAAAAUAAGAGCUUUCAAUUACAAAUUAAGUGUGUUUAACAUUAAAAAAUUUUUAAGUUGAAAACUAAGCCAGAAAGUUAAAGUUUUUCCAAAUAAAUCAAUAUUUCCUUUUCUUGUUCUGUCUGAACUUUUUAACAUUAGAAUAAUGAA